UCUCUGAAACCGCGCAGUGAAGAUGGCGGACGGCGAGAUUGUUUCAGCAAAGAAACAGAAGAAGAAGAAGGAAAAGAAAAUUUCUGACGGGGAAGUCGGGGAAAUACAAGAGAGUGGUGAUUUCUUCAUCAAACCAGAGUCCAAGGUCCCUGCGUUGGACACCUCACAAUGGCCUUUGUUGCUCAAGAACUUUGACAAGUUAAACAUAAGGACAGCUCACUACACCCCCCUGCCCCAUGGUUCCAACCCUCUGAAGAGAACCAUACACGACUAUGUGAGGUCAGGGUUUAUUAACUUGGACAAACCGGCGAAUCCGUCGUCUCACGAGGUGGUGGCGUGGAUCAAACGGAUCCUGCGCGUGGAGAAAACGGGUCACAGCGGCACGUUGGAUCCCAAAGUCACGGGCUGCCUGAUCGUGUGUGUGGAACGCGCCACGCGAUUGGUCAAGUCUCAGCAGAGUGCCGGCAAAGAGUAUGUGGGCAUUGUUCGGCUGCACAAUGCAAUUGAGAACGAGCACCAGCUCGCCAGGGCUCUUGAGUGCCUGACGGGAGCCCUGUUCCAGAGACCUCCACUCAUCGCCGCCGUGAAGAGACAGCUCAGAGUCAGGACCAUCUACGAGAGUAAACUCAUCGAGUACGACCCGGAGAGGAGACUAGGUAUAUUCUGGGUGAGCUGUGAGGCGGGCACAUACAUUAGGACCCUCUGUGUCCAUUUGGGCCUCCUGCUGGGAGUCGGGGGGCAGAUGCAGGAGCUGAGGAGAGUGCGUUCAGGAGUUCUGGGUGAAAUGGACAACAUGGUGACGAUGCACGACGUUCUGGACGCUCAGUGGCAGUUUGACCAUAAUAAAGAUGAAACGUACCUGAGGAGGGUCAUUUUCCCGCUGGAGAAACUGCUCAUCUCUCACAAGAGGAUCGUCAUGAAAGACAGCGCCGUCAACGCCAUUUGCUACGGUGCUAAGAUCAUGUUACCCGGCGUAUUGCGGUAUGAGGACGGCAUUGAGGUGAAUCAGGACAUCGUCGUCAUAACGACCAAAGGAGAAGCUAUUUGCACAGCGGUGGCUCUGAUGACCACGGCGGUCAUCUCGACGUGUGACCACGGGGUCGUCGCCAAGAUCAAGAGGGUCAUCAUGGAACGGGACACGUACCCCCGCAAAUGGGGCCUGGGGCCAAAGGCCACGCAGAAGAAAAUGAUGAUCCAGAAAGGUCUGCUGGACAAACACGGAAAACCCAACAACAGCACCCCAGUGGACUGGAAAGACGGCUACGUCGACUACAGUGUGUCUCGGGCAAAGCCGAAAACAGAUGGAGAAGUCGAACCAGCAGGAGCGAAGAGGAAACGCGAGGAUAGCGGCAGCGAGAGCGAAGGAGCCACGCCUGCCCCGUCGGCACCCACCACUCCGAAAACCGAGGAGGAGAUAAAGAAAGAGAAAAAGAAGAAGAAGAAAGAGAAGAAACAGAAGCUGGCGGAGGAAGCUGCCGCUGCAAACGCCACGGAAACGGAGAAGACUGACGGAGUUGACGUCACGGCUGAACCCGACACUGAGGUGACUGAAAGCGCGAAGAAGAAGAAAAAGAAGAAGAAAUCAAAAGAGGCUGAGGCGGCAGACGAGUGAAAUUCACAUACUGUAAAAAAAACAAAAGACUGUCUGAUGGGUCAAAGACCCAGAACUGAGAGAGAGAGAGAGAGAG